UUUGAAUGGGAGUGAGGAGUUUGAUGAGAUGUCUCUGGAGGCGAGCAGGAGCAGUGUGAUGUUUGAGGUGAUAGAGAGGGAGAAGAGCAUCGGAGACGCGAGUGUGGAGUCCAUGAUGAACCACCUCAGGGCAGUGGACAAGCACUACAACAAACAACUGCUCAAAAAGGUAUCCGAAGUAUCCUUGAAAGACCUGUCCAGGGUCUGCCAGAAGUACUUCGCCACCUUCUUUGACCAAAAGGCCUCCUGUUGUGCUAUUUCUUGUCACCCCUCCAAAGUGGACGAAAUCUGCGCUGCAUUUGCCAAAAUGCCGGAAGGCUGCUGUCGAGACUUGACUAAAUUCAAAUCCUUUGACCAAGUGUUUGAUCAGUGAUCAGAUAACGUUGGAAGCUAUUCAAAAGAUCAGGUACGACCGGGUAAUUCAUCAUGUCUGAGGAAACGAAUGACUAAGUUUUAUGAGCCAAUCAGAGUUGUUAAAUUAUAAAUUAGUCAGUGUUGAAACGCUUUUGAUUGGUUAAAAAUUUUCGGAUUUUUUUUUUCAAAUUGUAAACGGCGUAACAUUCGGACAUGAGGGAUUACCAUCACCCAUCACCAAAGCAAUGCUUCAUCCCAAUUAGUUGAAACCGUGACGACGAUAUCUGAAAGUAAGUUCGUCGAGAUGACAAUAGGCUCCUUAGUUUUCACCAAUGCUGUAAAUUUAACCAAGAAUCUGCAGAAAAGAAAAUUGCAAUAAGUUUGU